GUAAUGUCAUUGUGGAUGAACCUAAUGGGAUUGACUGAUGGAAAUGAGCCACUCAUUAUCUACAUAUUUGUAGGCUGGGGUAUUGCUAUAGCCAUUGUAAUAGCAACCAUACUGAUAUCACUGUUUGGAGCUGCUCAGAGCUGGAGUGAUAUAUACGGAAGAGUUGGAGGACUUUGCUUCAUGCCUUCUCCUGCUAUAGCAGGUGUGUCAUCAGCAUUGCCUAUCAUACUGGUCCUACUGAUUGGUGUUGGAAUUCUCUCUCAUUCUUGCUUCUACUGGUCGAAAUGGGAAGACUUCAAGAGCUUGUACAAAGACACAUUUAACAAGAGAGAAAUACCACUCCUACUCACCUUUAUGGCCAUCAUUGUCAUCAAUAUCGUGUUUGGUGCACUUCAUUUAUACCUUCAACAGAUUUACCUCUUCUUUUUGUUCUUUGCAUUCAACAUCAUUGAGGGUAUUUAUGCUCUCAUUGUGUACUUGUUUGUAAGCUGGCAUACACUAACAUGGAAGCACAAGCAUUAUCCUAUUAAAGAAGAUGUUGAGCCACUGACCAUACCAGAGGAGCCAGAGUUUAUAGGAGAGCAUUAUCCAAGCAUGUAUGGGUCCCAGUUAUCACUUUUGCCAAGAACGUCCACACAUAACAAGCUUAGCUCUCACGGUCAAAUUGGAUCGCAAGAGCACAUAAUGAUGAAAAGGCUCUCCCCUCCACCAACCACAGCUACUCCCAGUGUUCACUCGUCGGUGAAACCCUCUCAUACCUCAAAAAAGAAAAAGAAGCAGAAACAGAAACAGCAAGAAAAACGAGCGGACUCCUCGCUCCCUCCUUCCCUCCCUCCUUCUCUCCCUCCCUCUCCUCCCCUGAUUGAAGAGGUCCAGGAGAAAGAUGGUGACAGUGAUUCUGGAGAGUCUGGUAGCUAUGCCAUUGCUAGGGGAGGGGACUCCGAUGGCGGAGAGUCUGGCUCGCAUAUGGAUAAUCUGAUGUUUGCACUCAAGACAGGAAUAUCUUAUUCACAAGAUGAAGACUCUCAGCCUCCCAUCGAAGGAUUUGCUAAGAGAGGAAGGCAACCAGCUGCAGCCACAGAACAAUAUCGCCUUAGACGUAUUUCUAUCGCAGACACUCACCUUUGAUUUAUUAUCAUUAUAGUAGGAAUUAUUGCAAACUGCAGUUUAUUCUCUUUUAUAAAACAUCAGUAACAUUACUUUUUAAGCACAUAUACAUUUAUAAUUAUUAUUUUGUUUAGUAAAUUAUUAUGAAGUACACUGUGUAUGCAUGAGCCUUUUUUUUAUCUC